AUGUCAUCGCAAAAGACUCGUGACGAGCUUUGCGACUGGGUCGUGCUCUUGGAGUCAGAUCCGAAUAUUGACCGCCGAAAAUGGUCGCGUCAAGUGCUCAUGCAAAUCCUAUCACUAGGCGGACCUCGGACGGGCACCUUGAGCAAUGGCUUCGGCCUACAAAGUCCUUGGCAUACCUUCGUACCCCUUUGCGAGCAUUGCCACCAAUUGUCGCGAUGCCGACAUGUGGCUAGAAGCAAUGGAUGCCACAAUAUAACCCAAACAGCCGACGGCCAGGCUUCACACAAUGCGAACUUCGACCAGUUGCUGGGUCACGUAGGGGCGACAACCGACGCUCCAAACAACCAAACCAAGGCAGCUUAUCCGGAGGCCAAAGUGGCACUCGUCGAGCGCGAUGAAGAGAAGUGGCUGAAGAGUAUCCAGAUGCUGUUCAGCGAAGCCUUGAAGCCCGUUGGGAGUAAGAGAACGCAUUGUUCUCGGGACCAACCCCUUGUGAGUGAGGAAGAUGGUGAAAUUCCGGCGAUCGAAGGGUUGCGCCGGCUGCCGUGCUCGGCGGCGAAAGGUAAGAUGGUCCCCUCGUGCUUCGAUCAAGCCUCAUCCAAGGCGCAUCACAUACCCCAACAAUGCGACGAGAACAGACCAAGCUGUGGACUUUGCGCUCAAAGAGGGGUGGAAUGUGUCUACAACGACGGGCUGAGUUUUAUAUUCGCAAACUUCGACUCCCAGUCAACAACGCUAGGCCGGACCCCUAUGGCUGUAUCUAGGCAGAAGAGCCCUGUGCGCGAAACGCUUCCUGCUUCGCCAGUAGAUCUGCCACAGCCUUGCCUCGUCACAUCUCAUUGUCUUCAGAUCCACGGCGCUUUCCUUGGCAUCUAUCUGCCGCAGUCUUGCACAGCAGUCAAUCCUUCUCCAGCGGUCACCACCGGCUGGCUCCGUGCAGCAUACGAGCUUUCUAGUACUGACCAACUACUGUCUGAUGCCUUCAGUGCACUAUCGAUCCAGUGUCUCGGGCGUCAUGAUGAUCUCGAAGGCAAGAGGCGUAGUCAGAUGCUUCGCGGUCGGGUCAUGCGUAACUUGUCCAGAAGGAUAGGCAGUGGAUCACGGGCGCUCGAAGACACGACUCUGGCCUGUGUGAUGAUGCUUAAUUUUGUUGAGUCUCAAAGCGCCAAUAGCAAAGGCGCUUCAGGGUGGCUGUUUCACGCGCAGGGCGUGUCUGCGUUGAUCAAGGCUCGAGGAGCGAAGAAUCAUGAAUCAGGUUUUGGUCAACAGCUGUUCCUAGGUUCGAGGUUGAUGGAUCUCGUUGGUGCAAUUGGUACGCGCAAAGCGACAGAGACGCUGCAUCACCUUUGUUCAAUACCAUCACUAGAUCCACGGUGCGAGCUUACUCAACUAUUUGACAUCCUACACGCCCUUCCAUCGACUCUCGAAAAACUCGACAUUGUCGUAGGGCUGACAUCAGAGGGACGUUUGGAAGAAGUCAAAGCGACAACCCACGGUCUGAUCGAGACUUGCCACAAUCUGAUAAUACGGCUCGGAGACUGGCGCAACUUGCUUGACGUCCAUAAUGCUGAUGCCGGCAACGGGCAACUAGUUUGGGAAGAACCAUCCGACUUAUACCGAUCUCUACCGGUCGACAGCCCUUUACGAAUCUUUCCAACGUAUUUCUGCUUUCCCAAUCUCGACAUCGCGCAGCAAAUCUUGCUUUAUAUGGUUGGGAAAGUCUUUCUAUGGACGGUCAUAUUCGCCAUGGAAGAUGUGCUGGAAGGUAUGCUGCCUCAACACCAGACAAGCAGUUGCACACGAACGAGAUCAAGCGGCGCGGAAGCCUCGCAUGAGUGUCGUCUCUUAGCUAUUCAGGUGGCACAGUCUUUUGAAUACUUUGUCAGGCCUGACAUGGGCUUGACUGCGAUAGACCUUUUCGGCUUUCCUGUAAGUUUUAUAUGUAACUGGCUGACCGAACGGGCUGUACCAGAGAGAUUGUGGUUCCGAGUUCUCUUUAAUCGCCUCCGCACCAUGAACCCUGGCUACACCGCGUUCCUCGAAUCUGCAACAAAGCUCCAUGGUGAAUGCGAUAUUUUCGAACUCCUACAGUGACAGAUACAAGUUGGAUCAUGUACGAGGCCGUUGAGCGGUCUAAUGACACCAUUGGACAAAGCUGUCCAAGAAUCAUGUAGAGAGCUCGGUGGCCGCUUGCAAGCCUGUCAAUACACCAACGAAUUGUCAUAUGCUGGUAGUC